CGCGCUCCGGCUUCUCCCGGCUCCUGUCAGUGCGGUGACUGCGCUGGGAAACAUGGCGACCGAGGGAAUGAUCCUCACUAACCACGACCAUCAAAUCCGUGUCGGAGUCCUCACAGUGAGUGAUAGUUGCUUCAGGAAUCUUGCAGAAGAUCGCAGUGGGAUAAAUCUCAAAGAUCUCGUACAAGAUCCUUCUUUGUUGGGUGGGACUAUAUCAGCAUACAAGAUAGUACCAGAUGAAAUAGAAGAAAUCAAGGAAACCCUGAUAGAUUGGUGUGAUGAAAAGGAACUUAACUUGAUAUUAACAACUGGAGGAACAGGGUUUGCACCACGAGAUGUCACUCCAGAGAAAUUCCCAACAUUCCCAUUUUGUGGGCUCCAGAAAGGGGCCACAAAAGAAGUAAUAGAACGGGAAGCGCCAGGGAUGGCCCUGGCAAUGCUGAUGGGAUCACUUAAUGUUACACCUCUGGGCAUGCUCUCUAGGCCUGUAUGUGGAAUCAGAGGGAAAACUCUCAUAAUUAACCUGCCAGGUAGCAAGAAAGGAUCUCAGGAAUGCUUUCAGUUUAUACUGCCAGCUCUACCUCAUGCCAUUGACCUUUUACGUGAUGCCAUUGUAAAAGUAAAGGAAGUGCAUGAUGAACUUGAAGAUUUACCUUCCCCACCACCUCCUCUUUCCCCUCCUCCUACAACUAGCCCUCAUAAACAGACAGAAGACAAAGGGGUUCAAUGUGAGGAAGAGGAAGAAGAGAAGAAAGACAGUGGUGUUGCUUCAACAGAAGACAGUUCUUCAUCACAUAUAACCGCAGCAGCCAUUGCUGCCAAGAAGCAUCCAUUCUACACCAGUCCAGCUGUUAUCAUGGCACACGGUGAGCAGCCCAUUCCUGGUCUCAUCAAUUAUUCCCAUAAUGCAACAGGCAGUACAGAUGAACGGAUUCCAGACUCCAUCAUUUCUCGUGGCGUUCAGGUGCUCCCACGAGACACAGCCUCCCUCAGCACUACUCCUUCAGAAUCGCCUCGUGCUCAGGCUACAUCUCGCCUUUCUACAGCUUCCUGCCCAACACCAAAACAAAUUAGACGGCCGGAUGAAAGCAAAGGAGUUGCUAGUAGAGUUGGAUCCCUCAAACUCCAUCGAAAGCUGGAGGAGCUCAGAGAUCACCUAGAAGGCAAUGUGAAAGGAUACACUCUCAGAGUAAAUGUCCAGUCCAGGUGCAGCAGCAAGGAGAACAUUCUCAGAGCCAGUCACAGUGCUGUUGAUAUCACCAAGGUGGCUAGAAGACACCGCAUGUCUCCUUUUCCUCUAACAUCUAUGGACAAAGCUUUCAUCACAGUCCUGGAGAUGACUCCGGUGCUUGGGACAGAAAUCAUCAACUACCGAGAUGGAAUGGGCAGAGUCCUUGCUCAAGAUGUAUAUGCAAAAGACAACCUACCCCCCUUUCCAGCAUCAGUAAAAGAUGGCUAUGCUGUCCGAGCUGCUGAUGGUCCAGGAGAUCGUUUCAUCAUUGGGGAAUCCCAAGCUGGUGAGCAGCCGACUCAGACAGUAAUGCCGGGACAAGUCAUGCGGGUUACAACAGGUGCUCCAAUCCCCUGCGGUGCUGAUGCAGUAGUACAAGUAGAAGAUACCGAACUAAUCAGGGAAUCCGAUGAUGGCACUGAGGAACUUGAAGUACGAAUUCUGGUGCAAGCUCGACCAGGCCAAGAUAUCAGACCCAUUGGCCAUGACAUUAAAAGAGGGGAAUGCGUUUUGGCCAAAGGAACCCAUAUGGGCCCCUCAGAGAUUGGUCUUCUGGCAACUGUAGGUGUCACAGAGGUUGAAGUUAAUAAGUUUCCAGUUGUUGCAGUCAUGUCAACAGGGAAUGAGCUGCUAAAUCCUGAAGAUGACCUCUUACCAGGAAAGAUUCGAGACAGCAAUCGUUCAACCCUCUUAGCAACAAUUCAGGAACAUGGUUACCCCACAAUCAACUUGGGAAUUGUGGGAGACAACCCAGAUGACUUACUCAAUGCCUUGAAUGAGGGUAUCAGUCGUGCUGAUGUCAUCAUCACAUCAGGGGGUGUGUCCAUGGGGGAAAAGGACUAUCUCAAGCAGGUGCUGGACAUUGAUCUUCAUGCUCAGAUCCAUUUUGGCAGGGUUUUUAUGAAACCAGGCCUGCCAACAACAUUUGCGACUUUGGAUAUUGAUGGUGUAAGAAAAAUAAUCUUUGCACUACCAGGGAAUCCUGUGUCAGCCGUGGUCACCUGCAAUCUCUUUGUUGUGCCUGCACUGAGAAAGAUGCAGGGCAUCUUGGAUCCUCGGCCAACCAUCAUCAAAGCCAGGUUAUCAUGUGAUGUAAAACUGGAUCCUCGCCCAGAAUACCAUCGGUGUAUAUUGACUUGGCAUCACCAAGAACCACUGCCUUGGGCACAGAGUACAGGUAAUCAGAUGAGCAGCCGUCUGAUGAGCAUGCGCAGUGCGAACGGGUUGUUGAUGCUACCUCCAAAGACAGAACAGUAUGUGGAGCUCCACAAGGGCGAGGUGGUGGAUGUCAUGGUCAUUGGACGACUAUGAUGGUCACCAGAGCGAGAAAGCUUUGAUGCAUGUCCACAUAUCAUUGACUGUAUCCUGUAAUAUGCAACGGCACAGCUAGUUUUUCUGAUUUGGAUAAAAGUUGAUCUGUAUAGUCAACAUCUUGAACUAUAUUUCAAAAGAAUUUAAAUACACCUUUUAAAGAAAAAAACACCUAAAAAUAAAUCUGAACAGACAACUCUAUUCUGAUUAUAUCAAAGCAAAUUUUUCCUUUCUUGCAAAUUGCUUUGUGUGUUCAAUGCUAGGUCUGAUAGCGAUAGCUUUUAGUAGACAGCAGUAGGUGCCUGCAGAACUUGUGUUUUUCUCAUCUUUAAAAUACAACUAAUUAUGCUCUUAAUCAAGGCUGUCUGCUUAUUUAUACUAGCGUAGGCAACACUUGGAUUUCCCUUCUUAGUAUGCUUCAUAACCGCUUUUCAGAGAGCUUUUGCUUGUUCUUUAUCAUGUAUCUCGUGUUUAUGUGCACAGUGCCAACUGAAGAGUGACUGGGUGGGGAGGCCCUGCCCUGCCUCAGGGAGAACCCUUCCCCGCAGAGCAUCCGGGAGGCCCCUCCCCUAGUAGUCUCGAGGCACAGUACUCUUCGGCAGUAACUGGAUACCUUUUAUUUGAAUAAACAAACUGGGGGGAAAAAUGCUUCCUUAAGUGCUGACAGCCUUUUUAACCAAUACAUUUAAAAUUGUACAGAACAAAAAAUAAAAUCAAAGACUGAUCUUGUACAGAUAUUAGUGUUACCAGCAUUCAUGUGGAAAUCAAGAGCAAAGAAAAAAUGUUAAACAACUCUGUACCAUAACAUUUUCUGUAAUGAUACUGAAACUUAAUGAAUAAAAAAAAAAUCCUUGAUCAUUAUUUAAAAA